CAAACAGAAUUCCUCCUUAAACCCCUCUCUCUCUCUCUCUCUCUCCCUCUCUCUCGUGAGAAAUGCAGCCGCAGACAUUCGGAUUCGCAAGUGGCUGGCCAUUCACGAAACUGCCGGAAAUUUAAUAAUGUGUUGAACAGUGCGCAAUUCGUUGAUCGCACCAUUUCAAAAUUUGUUGGGUAUGCAAUCGCGUGACGUCUUGGAAUCUGUGCGCCCCAUUACAAAAAAGCAGCCCACAUGGCACAACGCAAUAUCGCCUUUCUUGCUUGAGGAAAUUAAGGACAUGUCUAGAGAGAUGUGGGUUCUUCUGGGAUCUGUCCAUAGGAGACGUUGGUCCAUGUAAUGAGCAUUUGCUGGGCGAACAGACAUGCAAUCAAGGGCGGUGGUGAUGGAGGAAGGGAAGGAAGCCAUUGCCGUUCGAGCAACCCAAUCUAACUCUAGGGUUUUUCCAUUGCGGGUUCUCCAGUUCUUCGUGUUGUUUCUAUUCGUCGGUCUCGGAUUUUUUGUUGUUAGCUUGUAUGCUGUGAAAUAUUUUAAUGUUCAAGGUCGAAUUCUCGUUGCUCCGGUGGCGGAGUCCAACAUAAGACCUUGCUUUGAAGAGUCCAGUAGGUUGUGGAGUUGGAUUAGGCCACCGUCGAAUUUGUUGCAUACCAUGAACGAUUCUGAGCUGUUUUGGCGGGCGUCUUUCAUGCCACGGAUAAAAACUUACCCAUUCAAGAGGAAACCCAAGAUCGCGUUUAUGUUCUUGACAAAGGGUCCGCUGCCACUGGCACCUCUCUGGGAGAGGUUCUUCAAGGGGAACGAGGACAAAUAUUCCAUCUACGUCCACUCGCUUCCAUCUUACCACGCCGAUUUUCCGCCAACAUCGGUCUUCUACCAGAGACAGAUCCCAAGCCAGGUGGCGGAGUGGGGGAUGAUGAGUAUGUGCGAUGCUGAGAAGAGACUCUUGGCUAAUGCGCUUCUUGAUAUAUCCAAUGAAUGGUUUGUCCUGCUGUCUGAAUCUUGCAUUCCUCUACAAAACUUCAGCAUCAUCUAUCUUUACCUAUUGAGGUCCAGGUACAGCUUCGUGGGCUCGUUCGAUGAACCUGGGCCUUAUGGAAGAGGUCGCUAUAACGAAAAUAUGGCCCCUGAGGUCAACCUCACUCAGUGGCGUAAAGGUGCUCAGUGGUUCGAAGUAAACAGGAAACUUGCUUUGGACAUAGUUGUAGACACCAAGUACUACCCCAAGUUCAAAGAUUUCUGUAGACCGGCUUGUUAUGUGGAUGAACAUUACUUUCCCACGAUGUUGGCAAUUCAGUCCGCUCAUCUUUUGGCAAAUCGGAGCCUCACUUGGGUGGACUGGUCGAGGGGCGGCGCUCACCCUGCUACAUUCGGGAAGGCCGAUAUAACCGAAGAAUUCUUCAAGAAGAAAAUUAAUGAGCGUGGCACUUGCUUUUACAAUAACCAACCUUCUUCACUGUGUUUUCUCUUCGCUAGAAAGUUUGCUCCCAGUGCUUUAGAACCCCUUCUAGAUCUCGCAUCAAAAGUUUUUGGCUUUUGAUGGAUGCUCUCGACUAACGAGACGGAUAUCAAUAUUUUUCUAGCAGUAGAAGUUAUAUUCUUUAUAAGCUGAGUCAUUGAUAGCUAAAUUCAUUGUAUUAGUAUCAAAAUUGAGAGGGUAUUUUUGUAUGUUGCGAGUAUUCUUGAUGUACAUAGGUCAGAAGAAGGUACCAUUUUGGCUUACCUUGGAUUUGGGUUCGAGUUCGUAGAAAAUUUUAUAUAAUGCUUCUAUAAGAUUUAUAUUGAGAA